GUUGAAACGGCGCGCCACGACAGAAGUAGAACUACAAAAUUGGCUGAGCAAUCUAAACAGAAGGUUUACGGAAUUUGGAAAUAGGGCUUCAAACAUCUUACAACAGCUAAAAACACGAGUAAGCAGUGUACAAUAAAGGUCGCUGAAAUGGCUACUACCAACGGUGAAGCCGAUGUAGCAGACGGACAUAACCCUGAGAGAAAUGGAGCAAUGUAUGACCCCACUGAUGAUCCGUUUGUCCCAGAGCGUCAGUCUGCUGAUGAUAUGGAUGAACAGAGGAAUAAAAACAUUGCGUACCAGUAUCUUUGCCAUUUAGAAGAAGCUAAAAAGUGGAUUGAAGCUUGCAUAGAUGAAGAAAUGCCACCCACAACUGAACUGGAGGAGGGACUUCGCAACGGUGUCUACCUUGCAAAGCUCGGACAUUAUUACGCUCCAAAUAAAGUUCCACUCAAGAGAAUAUAUGACAAGGAACAGAACAAGUACACUUCAAAGGGUCUUCAUUUCCGACAUACAGAUAAUAUAAAUUACUGGCUAAGGUCAAUGGAGGAUAUAGGAUUACCACAGAUAUUUUAUCCAGAAACAACAGAUGUUUAUGACAGGAAAAACAUGCCUCGAGUAGUAUAUUGUGUACAUGCUCUCAGUUUGUAUCUAUUCAAACUUGGAAAAGCUCCUCAAAUUCAGAAUUUGUAUGGAAAAGUGGAUUUUACUGAGGAGGAAAUUAGCAUCAUGCAGAUGGAAUUGGAAAAGUAUGGGAUUCAAAUGCCAUCAUUUGGAAAAAUUGGUGGAAUUCUUGCAGAAAAUAUGUCAGUGGAUGAGGCAGCAUUACAUGCUGCCGUGAUUGCAAUCAACGAAGCCGUGGAGCAUGAAAAUGCUGAGGAGACGUUGGCAGCGCUACAGAACCCAAAUGCGCUACUCCUCAACGUGGACCCGAAAGACAAGCAGGAAUACCAAAAUGAAUUGUUCAUAGCAAAGGAAGAAAAAAAAGAAAAUGCUCUGAACAAGGGUUCUAAACCGAAGGCUCAAGAUCAAUCUAUCCGUGAAGGGGAAGUUAUGGAAAGUGAUGUCUACGAUACUCUGCUUACUCAAGCUGAAAUCCAAGGAAACAUCAACAAAGUUAAUAUUACCCUGGAGGUUGCUUGUCUUAAUAAUGCUCUGAACAGUGGGAACCCAGAUGAAGUAUUGCGAGCACUUAGCAGUGACAUCCUCAAGUUUAAUAACAUUGACCCAGAUAACAUAAAAUGGUACAUACAAGAACUACAAGCUGCCAAGGAAGCUAAAGGACAGAACCUAGAUAAAGAUGAUAUCCAGGCCUCAAUUAAUGCUGCUAACAAGAAGUCAAAGGAUCACAAGAAUUUUGUCAAAGCAAUUGCAGACAUAAAUUUGGCCAUCGGCGGUCAGGAUUCUGCUGAGACUCUAAAAGCGCUAAAACGUCCAGAAGCAAAAUUACCUAAAGUGUACGACAGUGGAGAAAAACUUUACCAAAGUGAACUGAAAGAAAUCAGAGAUACCAAUGAAGGGGACUUAACCCAUGGUCAGUUAACAGUUGCUGUUCAAGUUUUAUCUGCUGUUGCUUUGAUCAACGAUGCCCUGAACACCGGCAGCUCGGAGGAGACAGUCAAUGCCCUUUUAAACCCAGAUGCUGCACUCGAUGAAGUGGAGGCUGACUUGACCUACGCAGAACGUUAUCACACUACAAUGACAAACGUCAAACAUACCAAAGCCGAGGAUGGAAUUGAUUUCCUAACACAAGAAGAAGUUCAACAGUGUAUUGAGAUUGUUAAUCAGACAGUACAUGAAGAACAAGAAAGGAUCCUUGCAAUCACUGCCAUUAAUGAAGCUAUUGAUGAGGGUGAUGCUGAGAUGACCCUUGGAGCUCUUCAGAUGCCAUAUGCCAAGCUGAAUGAUGUACAACCACAUGAGGCUGUGCUCUAUCAGAAGCAACUGCAGGCCGAGAAAGAGAAAAAAUCUUGGAAUUCCGAUGAUGAAUCAGACCCAAUGCUGUGGUUGGAUGAGAUCCAGAAUGCUAUUGAUGGUGCCAACAAAACAGCAGCAGACAUGAAUAAAUUGGCAUCUGGAGUAGCAGCCAUCAAUGCUGUUCUGUCGUCAGAAGCUGCAUCCGAAGAUGACCUUAUGAAAGCCAUCGGAAAUCCUGGUGUCGGAUUUCACUCCAUCACACCAGAAUGUGCUGGUGAAUAUCUGAAGGAACUUGUGGCGGCAAAGAAAGCCAAAGAGUUGGAAGGAGAAGGGGAUGCAAAUGGAGACUGGGUCUGUCUUAAAACUAAAGAUGGCCUUGACUACUACUACAAUAUAAACACAAAUGAAUCAAACUGGGAGCUUCCAGAGGGCGCUGUACUCAACAGUCACCAGCUAUCGAAGGAGGAGAUACAGGGUGUUCUUAGCAAAGUUACCUCCAACUACGACAGGCAGUUACUCUUCAAGUCUAACGAGGAUAAAAUCAUUACCUUACAAGCGCAUACGCGUGGAAUGAUUGCCCGCAAAUCAUUUCACGAUCGCAUGGAUUUUAUCCGACGUCAACUUCCGGCUAUCAUCAGAAUUCAGAGUUGGCUAAAAGGUAUUACUCAAAAGAAAAUCUACAGAGAUAGACUUGAGUACCUGAAUUCACAAGAAGAUGCUACAGUAAAGUUACAAUCAUAUGCUAGAAUGUUGGCUGCAAAAAACAAGUACAGGAAACGAAAGCAAUAUUUCAAAGAUCAUGUUAAAGAAGUUGUACAGAUUCAGGCAUUCUAUCGUGCAAAUCAAGCCAGAAAUGAUUACCACAUUCUAAUCAGCUCAGAAAAUCCCCCUUUGAAAGUUGUUCGCAAGUAUGUGCAUCUAUUGGAUCGAAAUGAAAUGGAUCUAUCAGAGGAACUUGAAUUACAGGAUUUGAAGGCCAAAGUUGUGAAGCAAAUUAGGUCAAACGUCCAGUUGGAAAAUGACCUUGGCGCAAUGGACAUCAAAAUCGGCCUUUUGGUUAAGAAUAGGAUCACAUUACAGGAUGUUGUCACACACAGUAAGAAACUAAAGGGGGCAGCAGACAUGGGCAGACCAGCCAGUGGGAUUAAAUCCCUAAGCAAGGAGAAGCGUCAUAUGCUGGAGUCGUACCAACAUUUGUUCUACCAGCUGCAGACCAAUCCCAACUACCUGGCUAAACUUAUUUUUGCCAUGCCUCAGGUGAAAACUACCAAAUUCCUUGAGUCUGUGAUCCUCUCACUGUACAACUACGCAGCAAAUCAGAGAGAGGAAUAUCUACUGCUAAAGCUCUUCAAGACUGCCCUCGAGGAAGAGAUCAACCAUCUCCUAAUCGGAGCUGAAAAAGGGUCAAAGGUUGAUAAGAUGAUGGAAAUCAUCACAGGAAAUCCCAUGGUUAUCAAAAUGGUGGUUACAUUCAACAGAGGCGCUAAAGGUCAAAGUUCACUUCGAAGCAUCCUACAGCCAUUGGUCAAGGAAGUGAUGGACGACAAAAACAUAAACAUAAACACAAACCCAGUUGAAGUCUACAAGGCAUGGAUCAAUCAGAAAGAGACAGAAACUGGAGAGGCAACAAAUCUACCUUACGACGUGUCGUCGACAGUUGCAAUGGAGCAUAACGAAGUAGCCAAUCGCGUGCAAGAAUCUAUCACAAAGCUCAGUUUAGUUUCUGACAAAUUUUUGUCAAGUAUCAUAUCAGCCAUUGAUGAUAUUCCAAAUGGAAUGCGAUACAUCGCCAAGACUCUUAGAAAUUCUUUAACUGAAAAAUUCCCAGAUGCCGCCGAAGAUGAUAUUUUGAAGAUUGUUGGUAACCUCAUCUACUACAGAUUUAUGAACCCUGCCAUUGUGGCUCCCGAUGCGUUUGACAUCGUGGAUGUUGGGGCUCAGAAAGGAAUGACAACGGAACAACGGCGCAACUUGGGAUCAAUAGCUAAGGUUCUACAGAGUGUUGCAUCAGGCAAAACAUUCGGUGGAGAUAAUGAUCACUUAUCAGGCCUCAACAAGUUUGUAGUGGCUGCACAUGAGAGAUUUAAAGCAUUUUGCAUAAAAGUUUGUGAUGUUCCUGAGCUUGAUGAUAGAUUCAACAUAAAUGAGUAUUCCGACUUCGUCAAUCCGACCAAACCAGUUGUCUACAUGUCCGUGCAGGAGAUCCUAGAUACACAUGCAUUAUUGAUGGAGCAUGAGGAAAUUGUUGCACCUGAUAGAACGGAUCCACUACAUGAACUUCUCAGUGAUCUUGGAGAGCCACCUAGCAUUCAAGAUCUCAUUGUUGUUCUUAGUUUAUGGCAUGCACCAGUAGACACCAAUGAGCAGCAAGCAGAAGCCCUCCUCACCAACCUCGCCAAAUCAGAAAUAUCAUUAACACUAACCAACAAAUUUGAAAUCUCAAGUGAAGAUGAUACUGAUAUGGUGCAACUUUUUAUCAGAACCAAAAGACUUUUAGUGGAUGUUAUACGAGUACAGCCAGCAGAAACAGUGCCACAGGUGUUGAGGACACCUGCAACAGAUGAACAGGAGGAUGAACAUCAAGCGUUGGUGAGCAAACGACUCAAACAAGAUGAAAAAGCAACAAGGGAAGAUGAUAAAUUACAGCGAACCAUGUCUGUACUGCAAGAUAGCAAAUUACCAUUAGGAUCAAUCAAGACAAAGAUCGAAAAGAACCUGGCAACACUAGAAGGAACCAAACAUGUUUCGUCAGAAGACCACUACCAAGCUAUGGUGACAGCAAUAGCACAUGAUAUCCGAAACCAAAGAAGAUACCGCAAUCGACGAAAACAGGAGCUGUUGAAGCUGCGUGCCACCAUGAAUGGUUUGGAAUCAAAAUCUGGUUUCUACCAAGAACAAAUAGACUUUUAUAACAGAUAUAUUGAAACCUGCAUGUUGAACCUACAAACAAAAACUAGGAAAUCUAAGGAAUCAAAAAAGAAGAAGGAAACAAUCAAGUACACAGGGGCCAGACUUCAUGAGAAAGGCAUAAUCUUGGAAAUUGAAGGUCUAUCUGAAGCUCAAUUUAAGAAUGUAAUGUUUGAAAUAACUCCAGUACAGACAGCUGGUACGUUUGAAGUGACCGCUCAUUUCCUAGGUGUUAAGAUGGAUACGGUGCAAAUUGUAUUUUCUGAUUUGUUGCAGUUACAGUAUGAUGGUGUUGCAGUCAUGAAGAUGUUUAGUAGGGCAAAGGUUAAUGUUAACUUGCUCAUUUUCCUCCUCAACAAGAAGUUUUAUGGAAACUAGAGGGUGCUGUUUAAAAGGAAAAACAACCUUCUUGAUAUGCUCCCACCAGCAACAUGUAAUAUUUAUGUAUAAAUUGUGAUAUUUGUAAGAAAAAGGGAACAUGAUAUGAUGUUACAGUGCUCGAAGUGGGUUUUAAUCGUUUUAAGGAAAGAAAAUGUUUUAUGUCAACUGAAUUUUAUUUUAUAUGUUUUGAAGGUAUUAGUAAACUUUAAUUUGUGCUUGUUGUAGAGACAAGUAUUUAUAACCUUCUGUUACGUAAAUAGUAUAUUGUUAAAUAUGCACAAGAGAGGAUGUGUUUAACACUACACUGUUUGGCAUUGGAAGUGUUGUGGAAGAAAGUAGGAAAUAAUUUAUCUAAUAAUAAAAAAAAUAAUUAAUAAAUUGAGGUGAAGCUUAGGAAAAUAUCUAGUUAAAUUUUUUACCACCCGUAAUUAAAACAUAUGGCAUUAUAAAUCCAUAUACUUCACUUAAACAUGUAUUUCUUUAUUUUUAUUAUUAAUAUUAUUUAUUACAGUAAAGAUUGUUACAUUUCCUGAUAAACAAUUACAUAGUGGAAUAAUAAUUAUACACUUGUUUUAGUUACCAACUUUUGCUUUUAAAUAAUAGAAACUGAUGAAGGAGUAAAAAAAAAUGAAUAAACUAAAUUGUCACAUGUAUAUUAUAACAGAUACUGUAGAUCAGAUUUUAAACAUAUAUCCUGCUAUUAACUAAUUAUUACUAACAAUUUGAUGAAUUUGUUUAACCAUAGGUGCAUAAUUAAUAUCAAUUAAAUAGCAGUAAUUUACUGGGCUUUACCAUGAAGUAGAAAAGCUAGCUCUAUUUUUGAAGUAUAUAAUUGCACAUGGGUUGCAUAACACUGUGCUUUCUCACCAGUCCCAGCAUCUUGGAUUAAAAUCUAGUGUUUAUUUUGGCUUGGGACUAACAACUCAAUUUUCAAUGCCUCAUUAAGUUUAUAAAGCAUCAUUCCAUCCUUUAAUUUCUAAGUACAUGAUGGUGGAUGUGAAGAAGACAUAAAAUUUUUUAAAACUAUAUGCAGAUGCGCUUAAAUCACAUACGCACAUGAUAUACGCAUGUAAAAGCGCACACACAUUUUGACAUCAUUUUUGGUUUAUAUGUAACCUUUGCAGUCACUCUUUAAAAUAGCCAAGUAGCCAACAUUUGUUUUCUGCUUUUCCUACUUUGUGCUUGGUUAGUCAAAUUAGUUACUCAGUCAUUGUUAAUUAAUCUGUAAAAUGAAUUUUGCAGAUAUGUAUUUAUUUAAUUAUAUUUUGUCAUAAUAAAUUUUAAAGUUUGAACAGAAUUUAUAAUUACAAUAGUUAGGCUUGAUGUUCUUUUUAUCUCUUUAAAAAUAAGUAUUAAAUUUAUCUUUUGAUAAAGUUGCUUGUUGGUUCUUACUCAAUCAUGACAUAUAAUUAUAUUGUAUAUGGAUCAUUUGAUCCAAAUUGUCAUACUGAAGGAAAAAAAUUAAUCUAUGCAUAUAAAAUGUCUUCCAAGAAUAGAUUAGCUUCAUUCAGAUUGAUUUUAAAGUAUGUAGGUUGGAGACAUUUUUGCAACUUUUUGGCCAUUUAAUAUAGAUAGAAAAAAAAACAUUUCGGUGCCGAAUUUGAUCAGUUUCUUCCUUUGGUAACUUUCAAAAAAAAAUAUUCAAAUAUUUGGCUGACCAAAUUUAUAGAUAAAUUUCCCAAUGAUUCCUAAAAAUAUAAAGACAUUAAAAAAUGUUUAUUUAAAUAUUUUGGGUUAUUUAAUAAAAUGUAACUGUUAUGGCAUUUUAUGAAAUUUGUUUUUGAGUCUCUGAUAUGUUUUGUUGUGAUAGUUGAUGCUUUAGUACAGUUUUCCAUGUUGUUUUCCUGUGUCAAAACGAAAUGAUAUGUAGAAUUAUAGUGUAAAAUAGAAUCAGUUUUUGUACAUGGUUUUAGUUGGACUUCAUCCGGGACAUUGUUAUGUGCAUCGGAUUUAAUUUUUGUGAUGUCAUCACGAUGAUGACAUCAUCACAAGAUUAACAAGAAUAAUAAUUAAAAAAAAGUUCAAAUGCUAAUUGA